AUGCAAAGAAUCAAUAAACUAUCUCCCAAAAGCUCAUCAGACAAGCCGCAUGCGCCAACGGCUAUUGAUAUUCAAAUAGGACUUCAAAGAGGCUCCACCGCUGCACUAGAAGCGACACCUGAGCGUUUGCAAGCAGCCAAACAAAUGCAACACCCAAGUACAGCUCAAAGAAUUAAGAAGCUGACGAAGGAGAAUGGCCAAUUAAGAUUGGAAAUACGUUAUUACCAACGAAUGAGAGAUGCAAUGCAGGCACUUUUCGAUGAUACAAGAUUUAUCGUAGGCGGAUUGGAGAAUACGACUAAAGUAUUAAUUCAAGUUCAGAGGGAUGCCGAGAAUGAUUGGUGUGAUGCCCAAGGAGAAUUUUCUUAG